AUGGCAGAGGAGCAGCUCCGGCUGUUGACCCAGCAGAUGGAGCAACUGACGCAACGGUUGACUGCGAUUGGUCAGGAGAACCGUCAGCUGACAGCGACGGUGACAUCUCAGCAGCAACAGAUCAGCCAACUGCAACAGGCGGGAGGCGCCGCGCAGCGAGGCGCGGCGGCAGCAGCUCCCGUCGUCUCUAACGAGUCCAUCGGUCUCUUGAUCGAGGCGCUUUCGGAGCAGACCAGAGCACUCUCGAGGAGGGAUCGGCCAGUUCUGGUCGACGUGAAAGGAAUAGGCAGGCCGUACACCUUCACCAACGACGAGAGCAAGUUCCCAGAGUGGUGUAAGAAAGUAGAGGACUACUUGCUCGGAGUCGAGCCACAGCUGGCAGCUGCGCUCGAGUGGGCGCUCGAGCAGGAGGACGAGUUCACGACGGCUGAAGCAGUCCUCGCCCUCGGGCCCAACACGGAACAUGCCAUAGACGAUAUCGCGGCACUCAACUUACAGAUCAAGUCGGUACUCUCGAACUUGACUGAGGGCGAGUCGUGGACUAUCGUCCAGAACUGCGACCGCAACGGUCUAGAGGCAUGGCGCCGGCUGCACAGAAGGUUCGACGCGCUGACAGGCGGGAGGCGCCGGGCGCUGCUGCGGGCCAUCCUGUCCCCUCACAGGGUAAAGUUGGAGGAGGUAGGAACAGCGCUCCAGCUGUGGGAGGAAAUGGUCACGCGGUACAACAAGAAGCAACAGAGGCUAGGAGAAGCCCCGAUUGCUGACGAGUACUUGUGCAGUGCCUUGGAAGCGCUGGUCCCUGAAGACGUUGAGAACCAUCUUCAGAUGAACGCGAACCGCUUGAAAAAGUACAGCGACAUGCGGGCGGAAAUGGUGACCUUCUACGAGGCCCGCACAGGAAAGAAGGUUCGCGUGACCCUGCAGGAGCGCAUGAAGAGCGCUAGUUCCGGCGGCCCUGCGCCCAUGGACGUCGACAGCCUGCAGGGGUACUGCGACAACUGCGGAAAGUGGGGGCACAAGAAGGCGGACUGCUGGGGCAAGCCCCAGGACAGGAGGAGACACAAGGGUGACCCCAAAGGAGGGGCCAGCGGCCGCGGCGGCCGCGGCCCCAAGGGAGCUCGAGGCAAAGGCGCGGCCUCACUCGAGGAAGCAGGAGACCGCGGACACGAGCCCGAGACGGAGCAGGCCUCCCUCGAGCUAGGUGCGUUCGAUGUGCGGGCAGCCCCGCCUUCGGUCGCCCCUGUGGCUGGCGUGGACGACGAGGGGUACACCAAGUUCAACCUCGACACCGGCGCAGCAGUCACUGCGUUCCCCAGGAGCCAGUUUGGCAGCGGCCACCCAGACGAGAACCACAGAGGUUACGUCACCGCGAGCGGGGAGCGAAUCCCUGACUGCGGAGGGAGCCGGCUCGUGUGCACGGACGAGCACGGGCAGCGUCGCGGUAUCACUGGCCGUAAGACAGACGUACACAAAGUGCUGGCCUCUGCAAGCCAAGUCUUCAGAGGUGGAAAGCAGGUGGCGUGGCUGACCGAGGAUGGUGGGUACAUCAUUCCGCGCGACGGUCCUGUCGCGAAAGCUAUCGCCAAUGUGAUCCAAAGGCACGAGCAGCUUGAGUCCGGGAAGACCAUGCUGCCGGUUUACCAAGAGAAGGGCGUGUACAACUUUUACCUGAAGGUAAACACCCAGGAGGAGAUCGGAGCAGUCUCCAAGACGAAGGAAGAGACUAUGCCAAUACUUGUCAUCAAGGACCGGACGACCAAGGGAUAUGCAGCAACAGCCAUUCCCAGGAAGGGGGUCCAUCUCUUCAACAUCAAGUUCUUUGCAGGAGCAGUGAAGGAACUGGGGUGGAAGAAAAUGGUGAGCAAGUCUGAUGGCGAACACAGUCUUGUUGCCUUGAAGCAAGCAGUGUCUGACUCCAUGCCAGGCGUGGAAAUGGUCAUGCAAGAGUCGCCUGACGGCGACCACCCGGCGAACGGUGAGGCUGAAAAUGCUGUCAAAGAGGUGAAGAGACUGGUGCGGGUACACAAAGCCACCCUGGAAGAAAGGAUCGGGAAGAAGCUUCCGGUCGACCAUCCGUUGUGGACGUGGCUACCGCGCCACGCAGCAGCCUGCCUGAGCAGGUACAGAAUCGGCCCAGACGGCCGGACGGCAGAACAGCGGAGGACAGGAAGAGCUUGGGCCAAGGCAGCUGUGGAGUUUGGAGAAAGGAUCCAUGCUCGACCAGCGGUGCCUCGGGAGCCCAGGAGCGGCUUCGCGCCGAAAAUGGUCGAAGGCAGGUACGUAGGACACCAGUCCCGUACAGGAAGCCUUCUUGUGAUGACCAGUACGGGCGUGAUCCGUGCCAAGGCAUUCAACAGGAUGCAGGAAGGCGAGAGGUGGACCAGCGAGGGGCUGGAGGACCUCAAGGGGGUACCAUGGCAGAUGGUGCCGCCGGCUGCGGGUAGCACCGCGCCGGCCCCGGCUGCGGGCAGCCCCGCGCCGGCAAGGGCUCCGCCACUCGCGGCGGGAGCAGAGGCAGCCGCGGACGCUGCAAGAGUGGCACACUCUGUCGAGUGCACGCAGAGAAUGAAGGCGCACAUUGAGGCAGAUGUGCAGCAACGGAGGAGGGUGGACCAGAUGCCCACGGCACUGGACCGGGCGGCGCUGAAGCGACCACCGGAAGAUCCGCCUGACGAUCCAAGGCUAGAGACGGCGGACGACGACGUGAUCGUGCCGCCAGCGGUGCAGGCUCAGGCAGCCGCAGCAUCGGAAGGGCCAGAUGUGGCCAUGGGGAGUUUCUCAGCAGGGAAGGAGGAGCUGAGACGCAUGUACGAGGGUAGGAUCGUGGAAGCCUACCGUACAAGUUGCGUCGACUUGUCGUCUUCUGAACUGGACGACGUCACCCAGAUGGCACUCGAGCUAGAAUUGCGCAAGCAGAGCUCCGGCGAGAGAGGCAGCGGGCAGCCCCGCGCCCAGGAGCCACUUGUGCAUGUCAAGCUGGAAGGCCCUGUGCCGGUCGCCCCAGAACCGUACGAAGCAGGCAGGGAAAGCCUGGACGACGACGAGCGCUACUGGGACGACGUGAACGGAGGCUGGCUGGACCCACAGAUGGUUCGAGAAGAGCGACGGCGAGAAGUACAGUGGCUACACAAGCAAGACGUGUACGAAAAGAGGACAAUAGAAGAGUGCAGACAGGUGACAGGGCAACCGCCCAUAAAGCUGAUGUGGAUAGACACCAACAAGGGCGACCACGAGAAUCCGAACUACAGGUCGCGGAUUGUCGUGCGAGAGAAGCGCGGCAAGGGCGAGGAAGGCAAAGCCAACCCGGCAUUGUUCUACAACAUGAACGCCGACCUGCGGUCUCUUGUCCACGGAGACGACUUCUGCGCCCUGGGAGACGACGAGGCUUUGGACGAGCUGGAAAAGACGCUUCGGUCCAAGUACGACCUGAAAGUCACAGGAAGCCUCCGGCUUGGAGCCCGGAGUGACCAGGAGGUGGUCUUCUUGAAUCGCAUUUUGCGUGUUGCUGGGCCGCCAGGGGACGAACGUUUCGAAGUUGAAGCAGAUCCCCGCCACGCAGAGAUGAUCGUGGCAGAGAUGGGGCUAGCAGGAGAGAAGACGAAAGCUUUGGACGCGCCAGGGCUGAAGAAAGAAGAAGCAGAACACGAGGAGAGAGAAACUUCGCCGCUGCUCACCGGGGAUGCUGUGAAGCAGUACAGGAGCGUGACGAUGCGUGCAGCUUAUCUUUCUCCAGAUCGUGCGGACAUAGGAGACGCAGUGAAGAACUUGGCAAAGUAUAUGCAGUCCCCGAGGCAGGUAGAUGCUGUACGCCUGAAGAGGUUGGCCAGAUACCUCAAGGGACGGCCGCGUGUCGUGCAGAAGUUCACCAGGGACAGGAACACUGCCAACGAUGACGUCGUCAAGGUGGUGAUCAUGGUGGACAGCGACACCGCCGGAGACAAGGUGUCUCGGAGGUCAACAGUCGGCCAAGUUGCCUUCGUCGGCAAGCACGUGGUCAAGCACAUGUGCAACAUCUUGCAGGUGAUCGGUCUCUCGUCUGGCGAGAACGAGUACUAUGCCAUAAGCGCGGGUGCUUGUACAGGACUAGGCAUCAAGGGUAUAUUAGAAGACUGGAAUGUGGUGUGCGAGCUGAAGGUGGUCUCUGACUCAUCAGCGGCACGAGGCUUCUCUUCGAGGAGAGGGGUAGGAAAGCAGAAACACAUCCAGACACGAUACCUCUGGGUGCAGGAGAGACUCGCUAUGAGACAUCUCGAUCUCGGUAAGUUUGGCACGAAGGAGAACAGGGCAGACUUGCUCACCAAGCCACUUACGAAGAAGGAGAUGGAGGAGCACAUGAAAGGAAUCAACCAGGAGUUUCGGGAAGGGCGAGCGCAGUAUGGUCUGCGCCUACUCUGA